AUGGAGACGUCGGGUGCCUUGAAGUUGCUACAGAAACUUUUGGAAGCUGAAGAGGAUAAUGAGGAUGUCACUGAGAACGACUGUGAAGAAUACAACAACGCAGUCUCAUCUGUCCCUUCAUCGCUCGAUCCGAAGACUAUCAUUGCAUCAUUGAUUAGCCGUGCCAACUCAGUAUUGUCAAAUGGAGAGUCUGAACAUGCGGACAGCUCUAUGUCAGAUGAUGAUGGCGAUGAUCCUGACUAUGUGCCAACAACAAACACAUCUCUUUUAACUGAAAAUGACUCUUUCACUGUAACAGAAAAUGGCUCUCCCUCAGUGAAGACCAACCAGAAUGCUCUUGUUACCAGGAGUCCUGCCUCCAGACCCAGCAGAAGCCAGGACACUGACACUAGUGACACCACUGGUCCUGCUCCCAGACCCGGUAGGAGCCAGGACAAUGACACCACUGGUCCUGCUCCCAGACCUGGUACGAGCCAGGACAAUGACACCACUGAUCCUGCUCCUAGACCUGGUACGAGCCAGGACAAUGACACCACUGGUCCUGCUCCUAGACCUGGUACGAGCCAGGACAAUGACACCAUUGGUCCUGCUCCCAGACCUGGUACAAGCCAGGACAAUGACACCACUGGUCCUGCUUCCAGACCCGGUACGAACCAGGACAAUGACACCACUGGUCCUGCUCCCAGACCCGGUACGAACCAGGACAAUGACACCACUGGUCCUGCUCAAACAAAUCCGAAAAAGAGGCAGAGAAACCCAUAUCAGUGGAAAAAAAAUGUAAGGAAAAGCAAAAUAGCUAAAGGAGAAGCAUAUACAACAAAGACUGGGAAAGCUAUGCCAGCAAGGAAAACAGGCCAGAACUGUAAGUGCAGAUUAAAGUGUUUUCAGAGGAUAGGUGAAGACCAUCAGGACAAGAUCCUGCAAUCAUUCAAUGACAUUGGGAACAAACAAUGGCAGGAAAUUUAUUUACAUGGAUGUAUUGACAUGCAUGCGCCAAAGAGAAAGAGGUCUCGCAAUGGAGAAAGAGAAAAUGGAAAAGACAGCAAAUGCUUUACCUGUGAAUAUAGUGUCACACCAAAUGGCGUAAAAUUACAAGUAUGCAUGGCAAGCAUUCAUAGCCCUCCAUGGCAUUGGCAAGACUCGUCUGAAAAGGAUAAGAAAGCCAACAACUACGGCUCCCCUCAAGGACAUGCGUGGCCGUCAUGA